GGCCAUGUUGCCAUGGGAACUCUAGCCCCAGACCCAAGAAUGCUGCCUUGGUGUUGUGGGAUGAGGGCUGUUCGGUAGGAUCCGGAAGCCUCCCGCGGGCUCCUCUGAGCUGGAUGAAUUUGGCGUGGGUUUGGGCCAUAACGAGAGCUUAAACUCCGAGACCUCUAGUAUCUAAGUAAAAUAAAAAUCUAGAGGAGGCACUUCGGCUUGACUUUAUUGUUGUCAGUCUUUUCUUUAAAAAGAAUGGGAUGAUGGGUAGGAAGGCGCCAGGAAAAUUGCACGCAAGCAGCCCUCUGCACUGCUGGUUGCUGGGACGUCAGCGAUAAAGAUAAGAUUGUGACCGUGCCUUUUAACUCUGUAUCUGGACUACAGGAAGAUUUUGUUUUGUGAAUGAUUUAUUUGUUUAGAAUCCAGUUAGAUCCUGAAGAUAAUUCUGUGAAUUGCUAAUAGUUCACUGGGUCUCACGCUUAGUGUUGACCUCAGUAUGCUGCGACGGAAACCAACGCGCCUGGAGCUAAAGCUUGAUGACAUUGAAGAAUUUGAGAACAUUCGAAAGGACCUAGAGACUCGCAAGAAACAGAAGGAAGAUGUUGAUGUAGGAGGCAAUGAUGGAGAAGGAACCAUUGGGCUCAGCAGUGACCCCAAGAGCCGGGAACAAAUGAUCAAUGAUCGGAUUGGUUAUAAACCCCAACCCAAGCCAAACAAUCGCUCAUCUCAGUUUGGAAGUUUUGAAUUUUAAAGAUGGAUUCCCUUGCACAACAGAUCCCUGGAAUGGAGUAAAAUGAUAGGAGAAAUACCAGAUUUAGAGAAUUGAGCACAUGCAGUGAAGCAGAGUAUUUUACCUCCUGCAGAGGAAGAUAAAUUCUGCAUGAAAUUACUGAUGUUCAACUUUCACACUAAGCUGGAAUUUGAACUCUGGUUUGUCUCUGGAAAAUUUUACUCUGUAGAACAUCUGAUUUUUGUUUUUUUAAAAAUAAAUAUAUUUUUGGAAAAUUGUGACACAUCCUUAAUGUAGCUAAGUAGAA